CCUUGCAGUGACAUCUCCGCCUAUUAUCAGCACCGCUACGCGCCCACCAUUCGGCAGCUUCACCAGCAGCAGCAGCAACAGUUGCCAACACAGCAUAAAAAUCAUCAUUCGCAUCAACGUCAACAACGCCACAUAAACAACUAUCCGAUGGCGCCAAGUGUUUGUCAAAAUUCGCCAAAAUUAACUGCAGCCUCUACGCAUGUUGCAACGGUGACCACGACCAUAGGCGGUGCUGUUGCUGGCGCUGAUGGUGCCGGUGUUACCACCAUCUCUGCACCAUCCAUCACACAAAAGAGCAAUUGCGGUGGCAGCAGUAUUAACGGCUCCAUGGCUUCGUAUAAGAUGUCAAGUUCGGAGAAUAGCUGGUCGCAACCUGUUUUCAAUAAGGAAAAUCAGCGCCCACCUGUCUACAAUGCUGAAGACUACGUACAGUCAUUGAAAAAAUUCGGUAAACGUCAGAGUGGCCAAAAUGUGCGCUCUAUAUAUGAAAAUAAUAAUGAAACAACAACAACAAAUGGCAGCCAUAAGGACGAAAACAAUCACAAAUCCUCGACAUUACCGCACAAGCAUGCGGAAUACAAGAGUCCCAUACCGCCGGCGCCAGAAAGUGACGGCGAGAUGUCCUUACGUCAAUUCGCUUCAGUAACCGACUUGCUAACGAAGUUGCGUGCGGAUCUGCGAGUCUCAUUUCCAAGUUUCGUUCAAGAGUUCGUCGCCACCCCCUCGGACGGCAUAAGCCUGCUACUUGAAGUGCUGCGCGCCAUUCAGCUAUCUCAAAGUAGCAAUACUCCGCUGGCGCCGAACCAAAUGACCGCCUCAAUGCCUCGAAAUCCGCAAUCCUAUCAACGGCGCGCAUUGCUUGAUGAAUUGGCUUGCCUUCAAUGCCUCAGCAUUUGCUGUUCACGCUCGCUGGACGCUACCGCCCGCUUGGGUACAACGCCGGUAGGCUUAAUGCCGCUGGCCUCCUCGGCGACAGGCCAGGGUAUACGCGCACGCAUUCUGGCCAUGCAACUAAUGGCUGCCGCUUGUGAUAAAACGGCGCUGGGGCAUGGCUCACAAAAAUCAGUCACAGCCGGGCAUACAGCCGUUUCGGAAGCAAUGUCGACGCUACGAUUGCGCUGCAGUGAGCCAGUACGUUUUCGACUGUUGGUGGGCAUGCUGAAUAGUGGUGGUGGUUCGGGAGAAUUGCAGGCAGUGGGAGUCAAAUUCAUAAAUUCCUUCUUGGAGAGCUCUGAAAAUCUACAACAGCGUCUAUACCUGCAAGCGGAACUAUUUCAGGCCGGUUUUGAGCCUGGUUCCUUAGCUAAGACGAUUUCUCCGGCUUCACCUUGGCAUGAAAAUUUACGCAAUGAAAUGAAACGCUUUCACGAGCUCUAUGUGGAUGUGGAUAAAAUGAUUACGCAGGCGCGAGAAGCCGAUCGCGUACGCAGUCAGAUGGUCAUUUUGGAACGCCGAGUGCAGAUCCUUCACGAAGAGAAAGCCGUACUCACAUCCAUGGAACGGCGUCUGCAGGAGCGUUGCGCCGAGUUGCAGCGCGAAAUCUUCCGUCUGCAAGGCGCACAGAAUGAGAACACCUUUAAGUCUUUGGACAAACAACCCGUUGCACUGCCUCGUCAUGUGCCACCUGGCAAGAAUGAGAGUGAGCAUGAGGAUGAGGGUAUCAGCAGCUCGGAAACGGGUCCCUCACUAAGUCCCGUACCCAUUUUGGUGUUGCCACAGAAGUCAAGCGCCGCCGGUAAGCAACACCACAAAAACAAAUCCAAAUCACCGGAAAAUUCAACCGGCGAUAGUGGUGCUGCCACCGGUACUGCCACCACCAUUGAGGAUGCCAUGCAAGAGCUGGAUCAUGUAGUGAGCGAGGCAGAGAAACAAAUAUCUACACAACAGCGACAACAACACCAACUCAGGCAACAGCUGACCCAGACCGUGACCGCCAAGGAAAAGGAUAUUGUACCGGUUAAUAUAGUGCCACAGCCGCCACGUAAAUCGCGUUCGCUUGCACAUCUCGUCUCGCAAGCAGAUGGCUCCGAGUUGGACGGCUCCGAGUAUGGCAUGUUAAUGCUACAAAAUCAUGGCGACGCUAUUGCUGUGGAACGCGUCACAGCAAUGCAAACUUUUUUCGACGAGGCUGACUAUGAGCCACACACCGACAUGGACAAGCCAUACAGCAUCGAAUCGCCGGAUAUACCGGAAGCGAACACCACUGCCACCGCGUACAAUGCCAGCACGACGCGCGAACUGCUGGAUGUUAUAAUGAAUGCGCGCCACAGUGACGAUGAUCCGACAAUGAAAGCGUUUCGCGAGGCAAGCAACAACCAGCAUCAAAAACCACCGCAUCCGCAUCCACAUCAGCAUCCACACCAACAUCAGCACUCGCAUCAGCACCACAAUAACCAGCACGCUGGCAAUGGUGGAAAUGCCAACAACUGCGUUAGCAAGCGUCAGAGCAUGUCAGCGGCCGCGCCACCACCACCGCCACCCCUGGCAGCUAAGAAACCGCAAGCGCCAGCGCAACACUUCAAUGGCGUCUUCUUUAUGACUGGCAUGAAUACGCCGCAAAAGUACCCUAAACCCGAUGUGACGGCCGCAUUGCAAGCGCGUCGUGUCACCAAAAAUGUGGAGCGUUUGGAAGCGGCUUUUGCUUCAUGCAGUCACGAGUCGCUGCUAGAAGGCGGCACGCCACCAACGGUAGCGGUGCAUCACGUGGUGCGCGAGAAAUCGCGUAGCAAUCAGCAGAUAUAUUUUGGCAGCAAUCCGGCGAUGCGUUUAAGCAGCAGCAACAGCGGCGGCGGUGGCGGCAUCACUGGGAGUGGCGUCAACAAUGUGACAGUGUUGGUGCAGCAAAGCGCAUCGACACAGGGGGCGCAGCCGACGAUUUGUAACGGUGCGGCGUUGGCGACGCGCACGCGCUCUUGCGCGCAUGGUUCAAAGGUGACCGAUACGCCAUCGGGAUUGUACUGA